AUGUCACAUCAGGGAAGCACGGUGAGUCUCCAUAGCCGUUUCCUCUGCCUCCUGAGGUUUGUGUACAGAAAUCUGAACCUGGAUGGGCUCAUUAGAGCUAUGAAGAGUGUUGUACAAGUAGAAAGAGAUUCGUUGCCAAGAGAGAGAAGGACUGACUCGGUAGAGACAACAAGUGAACGUUUUGAAGAAAGGCAAGAUUUAGAAACACUGAUGGAACACAUCUCUCGCGGCGGCGGCGACUGA